AUGGAUAAAUUUGUAAUUGUUGGAGGAUUUUUAUGUUUUGCGGCCGAUGUCUUCGCCAUAGCGUCAUUGGCAACUCCUGAGUGGGUAGUGAUGGAGUUUGCGGGUAAGUCGCAAUACAUUUGAUUAAAACCUGAAUUUAUUGUAAAGCGGUGAUUAUGGGGUUGGAGAUCUAUUUGCAGAGAGAUUUCGUUUAAUUUACGUACAAAGUUACGACGUUAAUUUCCGAAUUGAUACCUUUGCGAAAAAAGGAAAAUCUGCCUAGUAACCGUAUAUUGAGGAAAGAAACCUUUGCAAGCUAAGUGGGUUGGUAUGUAUUGUGAGCGUAGAGAAGUACAACAGGAAACGUGUCGACAGCGUGUGAAACUAGAUAUAGUGUGUGGAAAGAGAAAUCAACGGACAAAACAAUUUAGAAAAUACGUAGCUGUAGUUUUAUGCUCAAGACCUGGAGAUUCUUUUUCUCGCAAAUAAUUGUAUGUGACCAUUUGAAUCAAAUUCACUUCAACUGUCAUGUUUAAUAUGAAGCUAUUCUUGGGAGUUUACCAUUAAAAUGCCAAUAGGAUUAAAAUUGCCUUGUACAGACAAGGCUGGCAUAAUUUGAUACUGAAUUGUAGAAAAUUAAUGUUUGUGUUAAUUUAAUUAAAUAUUUGAAAUUAAAACAAUGCAGAUUGAAGGAAAAAAAAAAAAAACUGAAGUUUGAAUAUGAGAGACAUUGAGGACCAGUCAUUUACACAAGGUCUCACCUCAACCAUGGUUUUACGCAAUCAGUGGGCCUCAAGCUUUCUCUCUAAGAGGCGUUGAUUUAAUUAAAUAAAUGUCCUUCUGCUAUUAGCUUUCAGCCAACUUACUAUUCACUUAUUUUAGAUGAAUAAAUGUUCAGAUAAAAGUUUCUGCUAAAUUUAGGAUUGUGUAGGAUGCAGUUUUGUGAAACAAUGGCUAAACUUUCUUCAAAUGACCAACCCUUACUAUGUUCUUUUUAGCAAUAGACUUUCUGUUGGUUUACUGGCCUAAUUACCCAUGUGGGAUGUUGGGAGAAUACUAGAAAACUUUGUUAUCACAAGCCAAAGGCAGUCAAUAUAUACAAAGUUUUGGAGUGUUUUCCCAACUUUCCAAGUGGUUAUUAUACUAGCCAAAUUGAUUGAAAGAAAACGCGGCACAUUUUAAUAUUGUAUAUGUUUACCUGUGCAAUUAUGCGCUUUAUUAAUAUAUAUUAGCAUUUUUCUUUAUCACUUUUUAACCCUUUAACUCCCAAGAUCUUAUCGUUAAUUCUCCCCUCUAGCUGCUACACAUUUCCUUGUAAAUUAGUUAUGAGAAUUUGGUGUUAGAUCGAGGUAACAACUUCUAACCAAGACAUUUGAGUAUUCUCAUUGCCUGUUUGCUGGGUAGUGCAUGGAUAUUGUAGGGGGGAAAGUUACUUGUUAAUCACUUAAUGGAGGUAAAGGGUUAGGAUCUUCCAACAUAAAAUACUUAAUGCAAACUCUUGUUUAAAAAGAGUUGGUGUUUGCUUUGGUUCAUCGCUGGGUUUCAAAAAAAAAAAAGCAAUAUAGAAUUGAUUGUUCUAUUUUCAGAAUAUGUUCUAAAUCUUCAAUCUUCUCUUUUGUUCCAAUAAGGUUCUGUUAGACUGGGGUUGACUGUCAUGUGUCAGAAAUCAGAGGGGCAACCAGAGGUGUGUGUUACCCCUGAUUUACCCCAAGAGUGGCUGGCUACUCUAUUGUUUAUGAUUUUGGGUGUGGUAGCUCUGACACUCACUUGCUUUUUGCUACUGGUGUCUCCCUGGAAACCUUCCAUUGUGGAUGCAGCCAAGUGGAUUGUUUUUCUUGGAAGUAAGUAUUAAAGAUUUGAAGAUUGCAACAUGAAUUUCUGAACUUUGUUGGUACAUGCCAGAAGUUGAAGAAUAAUCUUUGAUUUGACAAGUUAAGUUUCAUUUUGCUUGUAUGUAUGCCAAGGUACAAAUGACUGGAAGAGUUUUUUUUUUAAAUUGGUUGAUCUUUUUACCCCUGUGAACGAUUAUUUUCUUCAAAUGAUUAUAACAAACUUCUCCAUUUGCUCUUGUUAAUUUACCCUACUGCUACUCAUCAUUCAUAGUAAAAGGUACCAGUCUGUUAUAGUUUAUUUGCCACUUGUGCAGUAGAAAUAUUACAGACUGUCAUGAUGUGUAUUUACCCUUUACACUCUAACAUCAGUAUGUAAGUUCUCCAUACUGUUCUCUUUACAUUUCCUGUGCUUCUCAUAAGGAGAAUUUGUUUAACAAUCAGGAGCUUCUUGAGCUUGCAAUCAUUUCCUCAAUUCUCAUGAACUUAAUGUUUGAUUCAAGGGUGAUACUGUUGGGAGAAAUUAGAUGCUUAAUGUUAGAAAAUUUUGCAUUAACAUGUUCCUUUUCAUUUUGUAGUGAUAGUGUUCUGUCUGGCAGCCCUCACAUUCCCAAUGGGAUUUCAAAUGCCAGAGAUUGGUGGAAAACCAUACAAGUUACCGCAAGGAACACACGUUGGACCUUCAUUUUUUCUUUAUAUAUUUUGUAUAGUUUUCACAAUUGCUUCUGAACUUUUUAUAUUCAAAGUUUGUCCACUCUUGCUUAGGUAA